AAUUCACCAAUCAAGAAACAGAUUUGUAAAAUGACUCGUCAGCAAUCUGAUGUGUAAUGCAGUGAAUGGCUAUCGCACGUAGCAGUGGGUCCUCCCAAAGAGUUUUUCUUUCGAGAAAUUUCUGUUCGACUCCGAUCCCCUUCUUCAUCAUCCUUCAUUCUUUCCAACGCUCACUAAUCACUUCAUCACACAACGAAGUAAUCAAAGAUCACGAACAGAGAAAGGGAGAAAGAGAGAAAUGCAGAGAUCAAUGAUCAGUAUUCUAACCAUAUUAAUAAUAUGCUCAUUGUCGGCACAAUCUAAUGCUUUGUAUAGCGCUUCAUCACCUGUUCUUCAGCUCACUCCCUCCAAUUUCAAAUCCAAGGUUUUGAAUUCAAAUGGUAUUGUUUUGGUGGAGUUUUAUGCACCAUGGUGUGGUCAUUGUCAAGCUUUAACACCGAUAUGGGAGAAGGCAGCAACCGUCUUAAAAGGUGUGGCUACAGUUGCAGCACUAGAUGCUGAUGCCCAUAAAUCACUGGCUCAGGAAUAUGGCAUCAAAGGAUUCCCAACAAUAAAGGUAUUUGUGCCUGGAAAGGGUCCGGUCGAUUACAUGGGAGCAAGGGAUGUUAAACCAAUUGCGGAAUUUGCCCUUCAGCAGGUGAAGGCCCUUCUGAAGGACCGCUUAAAUGGGAAAACAGGAGGCUCAAGUGACAAAAAGUCUGAGCCCAGUGUUUCAGUUGAGCUGAACUCACGUAACUUUGAUGAGUUAGUUCUUAAAAGCAAAGAUCUUUGGGUUGUAGAGUUUUUUGCGCCUUGGUGUGGCCACUGCAAAAAACUUGCCCCAGAGUGGAAGAAAGCAGCUAAUAACUUGAAGGGUAAAGUGAAGCUAGGUCAUGUCAAUUGUGACGAAGAGAAGUCUUUGAUGAGCAGGUUUAAAGUGCAAGGCUUCCCAACCAUUUUAGUCUUUGGUGCUGACAAAGAGAGCCCGUUCCCAUACGAAGGUGCAAGAACUGCUUCUGCUAUCCAGUCUUAUGCUCUCGAUCAGUUAGAAACAAGUACUGCUCCUCCUGAAGUCAUUGAGCUGACCAGCCCGGACGUCAUGGAAGAGAAGUGUGGUUCUGCUGCCAUCUGUUUUGUUUCGUUCCUGCCAGACAUCCUGGACACCAAGGCCGAGGGAAGGAACAAGUACCUUGAGAUGCUGCUGUCAGUAGCCGAGAAAUUCAAAAGAAGUCCUUACAGCUUCGUCUGGAUAUCUGCAGGUAAACAACCAGAUCUAGAGAACAAUGUGGGUGUCGGUGGGUAUGGUUAUCCCGCUAUGGUGGCCCUUAACGUCAAAAAGGGCGCAUAUGCUCCUCUUAAAAGCGCAUUUGAGCUUGACCAUAUAGUAGAAUUUGUGAAGGAAGCAGGACGCGGUGGGAAGGGUAAUCUUCCAAUGGCAAAUACUCCCAAAAUUGAGAAGAUUGAAGCUUGGGAUGGUAAAGAUGGUGAAAUCAUUGAAGAGGAUGAGUUCUCUCUGGAUGAACUCAUGAAUGAUGAUUCUGAAACCAAGGAUGAAAAAGACACUAGCAAAGAUUACUUGUAAUCAUCGGAUAUUUAUAGCGCAUAGGACAAUUACUCGGUUGUAAGCGAACAAUUUUUGACCUCCCUCAUUAGCAUUGUAUUGUGUGGAGCACUUCACGUCCUGUCGAGCAGUGAUAUGAAAUGAUCUUAUGUCCCAUUUUAUGACUUGAAAUGUAUGCAGUGAUCUGUGGCUCGUUAAUGAUCAAUACUGAUCUUCAAAAUAACCAAAUUAAGAUUGA